GGGGCAGGCAUAGGUCGCGCGUCGGCGCAACGAGGAGCCCGCGCCGCAUGGAGGGCCGGGGUGCGCCCCGGGGCCCCGCGCAGGCCGAGCUCGCGGGCCCGCCGCCCGCGCCGCCCCCGCCCCCUCCCCCCCUCCCCGGGGCGGCCGCGGCGGCUCCGAGCUCGGCGAACAUGGCGGCGGCGGCGGUCGGGCGGGACACUUUACCUGAGCACUGGUCCUACGGCGUGUGCCGGGACGGCCGCGUCUUCUUCAUUAAUGACCAGCUCCGUUGCACGACCUGGCUGCACCCGCGCACUGGCGAGCCAGUCAACUCCGGCCACAUGAUCCGCUCAGACCUGCCCCGCGGCUGGGAGGAGGGCUUCACGGAGGAGGGCGCCAGCUACUUCAUCGACCAUAAUCAGCAUACCACAGCAUUCAGGCAUCCUGUGACCGGGCAGUUUUCUCCAGAAAAUAGUGAAUUCAUUCUUCAAGAAGAGCCAAACCCACAUAUGUCAAAGCAAGAGAGAAACCAAAGACCGUCCAGCAUGGUCAGUGAAACGUCAACAGCUGGGACCACAUCUACCCUGGAGGCCAAGCCUGGACCGAAGAUCAUUAAGUCCAGCAAUAAAGUCCACAGCUUUGGGAAGAGGGAUCAGGCCAUUCGAAGGAACCCCAAUGUUCCAGUGGUGGUGAGGGGCUGGCUGCACAAGCAGGACAGUUCUGGGAUGAGACUGUGGAAAAGGAGGUGGUUUGUGCUUGCUGAUUAUUGCUUGUUUUACUAUAAAGACAGCCGAGAAGAAGUGGUCCUUGGGAGCAUUCCUCUACCCAGCUACGUGAUCUCACCUGUGGCCCCUGAGGAUCGCAUAAGUCGCAAGUACUCCUUUAAGGCUGUGCACACGGGGAUGCGAGCACUUAUCUACAACAGCUCUACGGUGGGCUCUCAGGCUGAGCACUCGGGCAUGAGGACCUACUACUUCAGUGCUGACACCCAAGAGGACAUGAAUGCCUGGAUCAGAGCCAUGAACCAGGCUGCACAGGUGCUAUCUCGAUCAUCACUGAAGAGGGAUACGGAGAAGGUGGAGCGACAGGCAGUGCCCCAAGCCAAUCACACAGAGCUGUGUCGAGAGUGUGGCAGUGUUGGACCCGGACACUCAAGAGAUUGUCCUUAUCGUGUUCAUGAUGACUCCUUCGGCUUCGAGAGGCGGGAGCAGGAGGAAGAGCGGUACCGUUCCCAGAAGGACCCACUGGAGGGCAAGAGGGACAGGAGCAAGUCCAGGUCCCCAUAUUCACCAGCAGAGGAAGAUGCCUUAUUUGUGGAUUUACCUAGUGGUCCGAGAGGCCAGCAGGCACAGCCCCAACGGGCAGAGAAGAAUGGCGUGCUCCCAAUCUCCUACACCCCAGGAGAGCAGAAUGGGACUGGCGGGUACCAGCGGGCCUUUCCUCCGAGAGCCAACCCAGAGAAGCACAGCCAGCGGAAGAGCAGCCUGGCUCAGGCAGAGCCCUGGGCAAAGACCCAGAAGGGAGAUGGCAGGAGCCUUCCCUUAGACCAGACGCUUCCUCGACAGGGUCCUAGCCAGCCCUUGUCCUUCCCAGAAAACUACCAGACUCUGCCCAAGAGUGGCCGACACCCCUCAGGGGGCUCUUCACCCCCUCCCCGGAACCUGCCGAGUGACUACAAAUAUGCACAGGAUCGAGCCAGUCACCUGAAGAUGUCGAGUGAGGAGCGUCGGGCACACCGGGAUGGGACGGUGUGGCAGCUGUAUGAGUGGCAGCAGCGCCAGCAGUUCCGGCAUGGCAGCCCCACAGCACCCAUCUGUGCUGGCUCCCUGGAGUUCUCUGACCAGGGCCGGAGCAGGAGCAUGCUGGAGGUGCCCCGCUCCAUCUCUGUGCCCCCAUCUCCCUCUGAUAUCCCUCCCCCUGGGCCUCCAAGGGUCUUCCCACCUCGGCGACCACACACACCAGCAGAAAGGGUUACUGUGAAGCCACCGGACCAGAGGAGGAGUGUGGACAUCUCAGUGGGGGCUUCUCCCAAGAAGGCACGGGGCCACACCAUCAAGAACUCUUCUCACGUGGACCGGCGCUCCAUGCCCUCAAUGGGUUACAUGACCCAUACUGUCAGUGCUCCCAGUUUACAUGGAAAAUCGCUGGAGGAGCUCUCACUGCUUCUCACCAGGUUGCGGAGGCACCAGGCCAAGUUGGCCAGUGUGCGAGAUUUUGCUGUCGGCCAGUUACUGCAGCGCCACCUGACCUUUCCCACCUGCCAGGCUGACGAUACCUACCUCCAGCUGAAGAAAGACUUGGAGUACCUGGAUCUAAAGAUUAAAAAUAAUGAACCUUUGAUCAACGUGCUUUACAAAGUGCUGAAGAAGUCAGCACGGGGCUGUCGGCCCAGGAGAAGCAUGACAGGCCGGGACCUUCUCAAGGAUCGAAGUCUGAAACCUAUGAAGAUUGCGGAGAGUGACAUUGAUGUCAAAUUGAGCGUCUUCUGCGAACAAGACAGGAUCCUCCAGGACCUGGAAGACAAGAUACGAGCCCUCAAGGAGAACAAAGACCAGCUAGAAUCUGUGCUAGAGGUUUUGCACAGACAGAUGGAGCAGUACCAAGACCAGCCCCAGCACCUGGAGAAGAUUGCCUACCAGCAGAGGCUGCUGCAGGAGGACCUUGUCCACAUCCGAGCUGAACUGUCCAGAGAGUCCACUGAGAUGGAAAAUGCCUGGAAUGAGUACCUGAAGUUGGAAAGGGAUGUGGCACAGCUGAAGCAGACUCUUCAGGAGCAACACAGAAGAGCUUUUUUUUUCCAGGAGAAAUCACAGAUACAGAAGGAUCUGUGGAGGAUCGAAGAUGUCCUUGCAGGCCUGAGUGCAAAUAAAGAGAACUAUAGAAUCCUGGUGGAAUCGGUCAAAAAUCCAGAGAGGAAAACCGUGCCAUUGUUCCCUCACUCGCCUGUGCCUUCACUCUCCGCCUCUGAGAGCAAGACACCCCUGAAGCCCAGCCCUCCCACCAGCCCUGUGCGGACCCCUUUGGAGGUUCGCCUUUUCCCACAGCUGCAGACCUAUGUGCCAUACCGACCUCACCCACCCCAACUGAGGAAAGUGACAUCCCCGCUUCAGUCACCAACUAAGACAAAGCCCAAAGUGCAGGAAGAGGAGGCACCUCCAAGGCCUCCGCUCCCUGAACUAUACAGCCCAGAAGAUCAGCCUCCAGCCGUGCCACCUCUGCCAAGAGAGGCCACCAUCAUUCGACACACUUCUGUGCGGGGCCUUAAGCGGCAGUCGGAUGAAAGGAAGCGAGACCGGGAGUUGGGGCAGUGUGUGAAUGGGGACUCACGGGUGGAGCUCCGUUCAUAUGUCAGUGAGCCUGAGCUGGCCACCCUCAGUGGGGACGUGACUCAGCCAUCCCUGGGACUCGAGGGCCCUGAGAGUAGGUACCAGACACUGCCGGGCAGAGGGCUCUCAGGAUCCACGUCGAGGCUCCAGCAGUCAUCCACCAUUGCUCCCUAUGUCACACUCCGGAGGGGUCUAAAUCCCGAAAAUAGCAAGGUGACUUUUCCUAGACCCAAGAGUGCCUUGGAACGCCUGUACUCAGGGGACCACCAGCGAGGCAAGAUGAGUGCAGAGGAGCAGCUCGAGCGCAUGAAGCGGCACCAGAAGGCCCUGGUCCGGGAGCGCAAGAAGACACUGAGCCAAGGAGAGAGGACGGGCCUGCCCUCAUCCCGCUACCUCAGCCAGCCGCUCCCUGGAGAUCUUGGCUCAUGGAAGCGAGAGCAGGACUUUGACCUGCAGUUACUGGAACGAGCCAUGCAAGGGGAAAGAAAGGACAAGGAGGAGAAUGGCUGGUUGAAAGUGCAGGCCCUGCCUGUCACAGAGUUGGACCUGGAGCCUCAAGACUAUGACUUGGACAUCAGCAGAGAGCUAUCCAAACCAGAGAAGGUCUCCAUCCCUGAGCGCUACGUGGAGCUGGAUCCCGAAGAGCCACCCAGCCUUGAGGAGUUGCAGGCGCGGUAUCGAAAAGCUGAGAAGAUUCGCAAUAUCCUCGCCCGGUCAAGCAUGUGCAACCUGCAGCCAACAUCAGGCCAGGACCGCAACAGCCUGGCCGACCUGGAUUCGCAGCUGCAAGAGCAGGAGCGCAUCAUCAACAUCUCCUAUGCCCUUGCCUCUGAGGCCUCCCAGCGCAGCAAGCAGGUGGCAGCGCAGCAGCUGGCCCUCCUCCCGCCUAAAGCCCCCCUGUCCUCCAGGACGGUGCCACCUUACUCCCCCUUAAGCAACGGACUCCACUACACCUUUGUCUAACACCUUCCAACCCAGGCAGUGACAGACCCGUGACCCACUGUGCAGAGAAGCCUUGAGCCAGGGACCCAAUGGAAUCAGCUUUCUCCCAGGAGAUCGGCUUUUCUGCCCCCAAGGAAACCCCUUCAAGCUGAGCAGGGGUUCUGGCUGGAAGAAGGAGCAGUCCACCAACCAUGGGAGAUCCCCAUGGUGCUCAGUCCUAACACACACCACUUACUUUUUCAACUCAGACUUGUUUUUACUUGCAACAAAAGCACUUUUGAUACACACUGUAAAAUACUGACACUGUAUUUUAGAAACAGAAUAUAUUUUAUAAUGUUCACUUCAAGGGCUGAGUGACUGGAAAGGUGAGAAUGUGGGAUUUUGUAGCUGCACAUAUAGAUUCAGAUCAUAAGUGUGGGUGGUGGGGAUAAGGGCAGGGCAAGAAGAGGCCAGUCCAACUGCUGAUGAACUCAGGGGAAAGUUGGAUUUGACAAUGUACUUACGAUGGAUUCCAGCAUUAAGUUUGUUGGCUGCUGAGAUGAGCCAUCCCUGAACUGACCUGACCUGACCUGAUCUGAUGACCAGCUCUGAGUGAAAUUCCACCAGGAUGCAGGUGGAACCAAGUCUAUGCCUUGGCCCUUGGUUUUGGUUUAGGGACAACAGUGUGAUUAAGAGCAUUGGCCUCUCCAACCUGCCUAGGAGGUUCCCUUAGCAAAGGGUUCUUCUCAGAAGAAAAGCAAUUUGCUUUAACUAAAAAAAAAAUACAUUUUGAGGUACAGAAAAGGUAAGAGGAAUCAACUUUUUUGUAUUGUAGCAAUAAGCUCCAUGCUAGGUGGCAUCGGCCUAAAAAUCCCUGACUGAAUGUUUCCCUCCAGGCAGGCUGUGUUAGGAACAUUGGCUGCCUGCCCUGGAGAGCCCCAGGUCAGCUGCUCUAGGACUGAGGCCUGGUGGCAACAGAACAAGCAAUGUGCUCUCCACCAUCCCUCAUGGGCCUAUCAUCAGCAGGGCCACCAUGGCAGGACUUGGACUUGACUUUCAGACCCAAAUGAGGAGGAGGCUACAAAGCCAGGCACAGUGUUUAUGAUCCUUUAUUUAAGUUGUAUCAUGAUAUUUUCUAUACAGAAAAUGAUGCUUAAAAGAAAAAAAACAGAAACAAAAACCUCCAUUGGGUGGAGCCACACUUUAAAUCAAAAUUUAUCUUUAUGCUCAGAAAAACAAAAAUCUUGAAUAUAUUUAGAAGUCGCUGUCUAUUUUUAACUAACUCCAUAUGCUGCCAGUAUCAACUUCAUGACAUUUGCCAAAAUAAAAUUUUAUUUUUGCCUUUAUAAGAUUUUGUUGAAAAAAAUGAAAUGACUAUUUUGCAAGAAGCAGUUAAUUUAAAUAAAGGUGUAAUGGUUUGCAAAAAAAAAUGUGAUGUACAGAUUAAAAUAUU